AUGGUGGAGGCUAUGAAAGAGAAGUUCAACAAAUACUGGGAAGAGUUCAGUGACAUAUUAGCAAUUGUGGCAGUUCUUGAUCCUCGACUAAAGUUUGCUUUUCUAGAGUAUUGUUACAAUAUUCUAGAUCCAGACACUGUCAAAUUGAACAUGGAGUAUAUUCGUGAGAAGAUGGGCUUUUAUGCUUACUUCUCUCAAAAGACCGCCGGUGGUAGUGGGAAAUCACCAUUAGACAUAUACUUGGAUGAGCCAGUGGUUGAUAUGGAAAGCUUUAGAAGUUUGGAUGCUGUCUCAUACUGGAAAGACAAUGCAAGCCGCUUUAAAGAGCUGUCUUCAAUGGCUUGCGAUGUCCUCAGUAUCCCUCUCACGACAGUGGCGUCGGAAUCAUCAUUCAGCAUUGGUAGCCGAGUUCUCAACAAGUAUACUGGAUUCUAUCAAGGAUUUAUGAUUCUGGACUUGGCAGUAAACAAUGAUGGUGCUUUAGGUGGUAAGAGGUUACUUGUGGAUGCCACAAAUGCGAGAACUGUUCAAUCUCUUGAGACUUUGAUAUUGUGA